UAAAAAUGAGUUCUUGUUUGUCAUCGACUUCACUGCCGAUUCUGUCAUUUACAGAGAGAGCUAAAUCUCUGUCAGAGAUCCAACAAGCUCAUGCCUUUAUGCUUAAAACAGGUCUUUUUCGGGAUACUUUCUCUGCUAGCAAGCUUAUUGCCUUCGCCGUCGUAAACCCAGAACCCAAAACCGUCUCUUACGCUCACUCCAUUCUCAAUCGCAUCGAGAGCCCUAACGCCUUCACACACAAUUCCGUCAUCAGAGCUUAUGCUAACAGCUCUGCUCCCGAGAGUGCUUUGACCGCGUUUCGUGAAAUGCUUCUUGGCCCGGUGUUUCCCGAUAAGUACAGCUUCACGUUCGUGUUGAAAGCCUGUGCUGCGUUUUGUGGGUUUGAAGAAGGAAGGCAGAUUCACGGUCUUUUCUUGAAGAGCGAUUUGAUCUCUGACGUGUUUGUGGAGAAUACGUUGGUCAAUGUCUAUGGGAGAAGCGGCUACUUUGAGAUUGCGCGUAAAGUGCUCGAUACAAUGCCUGAGAGAGAUGUUGUUUCGUGGAAUUCGUUGUUGAGCGCUUACGUCGAGAAGGGUUUAGUAGAAGAAGCUCGUGGGGUGUUUGAUGAGAUGGAUGAACGGAAUGUAGAGUCUUGGAAUUUUAUGAUUUCGGGUUAUGCAGCUGCGGGAUUGGUUAACGAAGCUAAAGAGCUUUUUGAUUCUAUGCCGGUGAAAGAUGUGGUUUCAUGGAACGCAAUGGUGAGUGCUUAUGCGCAUGUGGGUUGCUACAGCGAGGUUUUAGAGGUUUUCAAUGAGAUGCUUAACAGUUCCACAGAGAAACCAGAUGGUUUUACGCUUGUUAACGUCUUAUCUGCUUGUGCUAAUCUUGGAUCUUUAAGUCAAGGUGAAUGGGUACAUGUUUACACCGAUAAGCAUGGGAUUGAGAUUGAUGGGUUUCUGGCAACAGCUCUUGUGGAUAUGUAUUCGAAAUGCGGGAAAGUUGAUAAGGCUCUUGAAGUGUUUAGAGCCACUUCGAAGAAAGAUGUCAGUACAUGGAACUCGAUGAUCUCGGGUUUAAGCGUCCAUGGUCUUGGAAAUGAUGCUCUAGAGAUAUUUUCAGAAAUGGUUCAUGAAGGUUUUAAACCGAACAGUAUCACUUUUAUCGCUACUCUAUCUGCCUGCAAUCAUGUGGGUAUGUUAGAUCAAGCUCGCAGACUUUUUGAAACGAUGAAUAGUGUUUACGGGGUUGAGCCAACUAUUGAACACUAUGGUUGUAUGGUGGAUUUGCUUGGUCGGAUGGGGAAAUUCGAGGAAGCGGAAGAACUAGUGAACGAGACUCCAGCAGAUGAGGCUUCGGUUCUAUUGGAAUCUCUUCUUGGUGCCUGUAAAAGGUUUGGUCGAAUGGAACAAGCAGAGAGUAUAGCGAAUCGUUUACUGGAAUUGAAUCCAGGAGAGACUUCAGGUUAUGUUCAGAUGUCAAACUUGUAUGCCUCUAAUGGAAGAUGGGAUCAGGUUAUGGAGGUGAGAAGAAAGAUGAGAGCAGAAAGAGUAAAGAAGAAGCCUGGAUGUAGCAUGAUAGAAGUCGAUGGGGUUGUCCAUGAAUUUUUAGCUGGCGAAGGACUAAUAAUUGACUAAAGCUCGGUUUCAAGUCAGACGAACCACUUGACUUU